UUUGCCAGGAAAGUUGCUAUCUCGGACUGACGGACAUUGGUACAGCAUUGGUCAAACGAAACCUGUCCACGUCUACCAAAUGAUUGCCGAGAACACUGUUGAAUCGAAGGUAGGACCCAUUGGUCUGACGGGACGCGGGUUAUUGAUAUGUAUACUGUUGCAGGUUAUCGAUAUCCAAGAGAGGAAGAAAAAGCUGGUCGAGCAGGUAAGCGCUGCAUACCGCAGGCGCUCAACUUUAUACUCAAGCGUAACGCAGGCAUUCUCCGGAAUCAAGACCAAGGAGACGCAACGCCAGAAGAAGGAGGCCCGAUUGCAGGGUGAGUCGCGGAUCUUCCCCUUCUGCCGGUGUAUGCUGAGGUUCGUCAAAGAACUGGUCGCGCUCUUCGGCAGCCGACAGGAAGGGGCGUAGAAUACACUGGAUGGCUGGCGACAGCGGUGAUGGAAAGACGUGACUGGUUUUUUUUGCUUCGUGCUCGAGAAUCGUGUUGCUACGCAUAGCGCAAUGGUAUAGUCACCUUUGACGGACAAACAGAGUCCUCA